AUGGUAAUCGGUAUGUCAAUGCCAUGUGUGAAUUACUUUCCUUUUAUUUAAAAAUAUCCAUGAGCUUUCCGUGAGAUUUCUUGCCCAUUGUACGCUUAAUGUUCACUUCCUAGAGAUGAGUGCCUCUUGUAACACAUUUUAUAGCGUGUUUUUCGUUUUGCAUGCCUCUUGCAUAUUUGUAUGAUUCCGCUUUAGGACGAAAGCCAAAUCUGCCCUAUUCCUGCAAAGCAAGAAGACGCCCAUGCCUGGAUAUGGGAGCGCUGGACAAUGCCAGCGUGGCCUUCUCAGACCAGACGGACCUCACUUUUCUUGGCCACGCGGGCAAGAUUCGCAGGGCAACCAGUUUCCGCGACAUCAUGGUACCAGUGCCGGUAUUACCACCUGUACCAGUUGGUCUUAUCAAGGAGAGACAGCGGACCGGCUCGCCGCCAGCGCGUUUCCAUGUGCCGGACGACGAGUUCGAGGAGAUCGAGGACAAUCUGCGUUUCCUGCAACACCUCUUCUUCGAGGACAACCACUUCGAGUACACAAAGAAGCAUCUGGCAGUUAUGCGAUCGCACUACAGAUAG